AUGAGCUAAGAGAUAAAAUUUACUGAAUAAGACUAGUUCAACUUGAACUCCAAGAUUGGUAAUUCUAUGAAAGAUAAUCAACUUGUCAUAAAGAGACACGUUGAGCAUAUCAAUGGCAAAAAGUAUGAUCUUAAAAAGUACCAGCAAAAUCAAGAACUUGAACUUUAAAAGAAGAUCAAAUAUCACAAGAUGAAAGAGAUUUAAGAGAAGUUAUAUAACUUGGAUAGCUGGCUCACUCCAGAGAUAGAUAAUAACGACUACCAUAAAUUGCAGAACCAAGAAAACAAGGAAAAGUUCUAGAAGAACUUCAAGGAUUUUUAGAGGCAAAUUGCCAAGCAGGAGGUGCAUGAGUACACAAAUGGAUUGAUUAAUAAGAUCAAGGGAAAGAAGAAGUAAAUUGUAGACUAGAUUUAGCAUGGGAAAAGUAUUGAUCUCUAAGAGCUGUUUCAAGGUCAAAGACUCUAAGACCCUUAAUAAAAUUAUCGCCUACAGAAGAAAAUCCAAUUUCUUGAAACUAAACUUUCCAGAAUUAUGAAAUCUCAAGUAACUUCAAGUGGACUUGAAGGUAAUAAUAGCACUUUCGAAUCAAAAGGAGAAAGAUCUAAUAAUAACAGAUCUAUUUAGAGGAAAUAAUAACAAGUUAAAUAGUAAAUUAAUCGUAAUGUUGAUAAAAUAUUCAAAAUUUUUGAGGAAAGAGAUGUUGUGUUUGAUAACAUCACUAGAAAGAAAAUAGACAAAUUAGAAAGAGAUCUCAAACUAGCUCCACCCAUUGGAUAGUAUUAGCCAAAAUAUAAUGCUGUGGAUCCGAAUCUGCCAAAUCUCAGGUUUAAUAAAUCUGUGGUUGUCACUAAGAGAAGUAAAGGAGGUAAUGAGAGAGGUAGCUUAAUAUCUGAAUUCAACUUGACUUAAAAUCUUCAAUUAUCUUAAGAUAAUAACAACAACUAGAUGAUUGAUAUGUUUAAAUAGACAAUCGCAAAGAAAGUUGAUGAAGCUAAAACUUAAUAAAAUACAAUGAGUGAGAGCCCAAAUAAGGCUAAAAUGACAUAGCAUUCAUUUAUGGAAUAAGAAUUGGGAAUAUCAACUCGGAGUCCUUUUAACAUCCCAAUAAGACAUUCAUUUACUCGUGAUACAAAAAAUUUAAGCUAAAGAUGUGCUAGAAGUUUGUAGACUAAAGAAGAAGGUACAGGUAAAAAUUCAUCCAAGGGCUCACCUAAAGUUUUAAGUAAACUUAUUCCAGAUUUUCAAAAGAAGGGAGAGAGAUAAAUUAUUGUAGGAUAAAGAGAUGUCAAUGAAAAUAGAUUUGAUUUUUAGCCAAGCACCUUGCUGGACAAAAUAUCAAACUAUAGAAAACUACCAUCUUGUCAGAUUUAAUUUGGCAAAUAAGUAUACAGAGAUGGAUUCGCACUGGCCCCUAUUAGGAAAACUAGUUCUCAUAAUAAUUCAAGAAAGUAGUCUUAAAAAAAGCCAGAUCGAAUAAUGAGAGAACUAUAUUUUAGUACCAAUGGAUUUAAUAAAUCUCCAGUUGGUAGCUGCUUAUCUCCUGGAUACUAUAAUCCUAAAUAUGAUGCAGUUGAUUAACAUAGAGUUGAUAAAAAGAUCAUAUCUUGGGACGGAAAACUCAAAACUAAGGCUAAGUUUGAUGUUACUAAAAUUAUAAGGAAAAAAGAGGAUUAAAUUUCUCUUUAAGAGAUAAUGAAGGAGGAUGAGGAUUUGAUCAAUAUGUUUAUAAGCAAAUUCCAUUCAAAGAGAAAUAGUGUACACAAUUGA